AUGCCUAAAGGACCAUUCAAGCUAGUCACUGUGAAUACAGCACCAGAGCGAGCAAAACGCCUCGUUGGACGUGUGGCUCAAAAUCUCCAAGACACAUACGAGAUUCAACACCUCCACAACUGCGAGAGAAUCGACGAAGUGCAAGCAGCCGUGAGGGAAAAUCAGCCUGACCUUUUGUUUUGUGCAUCAAUGUGGAGCGCCGAAGAAGCAGAACAAAUUCUGAGCAUCGCCCGAGGCGUCAACCCAAAUAUCAUCACCUACGCCAUCCCACACGGGCUACAAGUUGAGCAGGGUCCGGAUGCUAUAGUCGAACACCUUACACAGAAGCUACCGCCGAUACUAGAAGCCUCAUAUGGGCAGAAACCAUGA